GACCCAUUGUCAAUCUGUUCCCCAUUCUACGCGGCCGGGAUUCUCUCUCCCCAUCGCUAUCUCGAUCCUUCUCGAUCACAUCGAUAUCGUAGUUGUCUCGUUGGAUUGCAACGCAGCGGCUCACCGGGGCGACUAUUAUCGCACGAACUUUCUGCGGCGGAUUCGCACAGAAGCUGACAUCAAAUCGACCUAGCUUUACAAUUGGGGAUUGACGAGGGUUUGAAGACACUGGGUUUAUCAACUUAGUUGGGUUAUAGAAAAUGACAGAUAAGGCCUGUGUAAGACGCCUUCAGAAGGAAUUUCAAGCUCUUUGUAGGGAACCACCUCCACAGAUUGUUGCUCGACCUUCCCCCAGUGAUAUUUUAGAUUGGCAUUUUGUGCUUGAAGGGAGCAAAGGCACACCAUUUGAAGGUGGAUAUUACUAUGGGAAACUGAAAUUUCAACCUGAUUAUCCAUUCAAGCCUCCUAGUAUUAGCCUGAUAACACCCAAUGGACGAUUUUCUACUAACACGAAGAUCUGUUUGUCAAUGAGUGACUUCCAUCCAGAGUCCUGGAAUCCUAUGUGGUCUGUAUCAAGCAUACUGACCGGACUUCUUUCCUUCAUGAUGGAUGAUCACCAAACCACUGGUAGCAUCAAGACAUCUGAUUCUGAAAAGAGACAAUUGGCGAAAGCUUCGCUUGCAUACAAUUGCGAGAGUAAGAAAUGCACGAGUUUUAGGAAGCUAUUUCCAGAGUAUGUCGAGAAGUACCAGCAACAGCAUGCUCUUACACAAUCGAUCUCGGAACCUCAGACAAAGGAUGAAGGGAGUCCUCCUUUGACGGCCACCACAGUAGCACCUACAAAACUAGAAGACCAAGACAAGGAGGUUGCAGACCGAGAAGCGAGAAGAAGGCAAUCAAAGCCAGUUCCAUUUUGGCUACUACUCCUGUUGCUCUCCAUCUUUGGCGCUGUGAUGGCCUUGCCAUUUCUCCAAAUGUGAUAUUUGCGUUACAACCGACAAAGUCUGGCACUCGCAGAACCUUCCAACCUCGAGCUAUGCACAAUCUUUUGAUCGUUCUCUCUACUUCAUAAGAAAAAGUUAACAGGAUGUGCAUAUCAUUAAAAUUUUGCACAGGCAGGCGUGCAUCAUCAUCUGCAAGGAUUUUUAGUUGGGUAUUUGUGCUUAUUCUCAACUGUUUUGAUAUCCAGCAUGCACUCACCACACUAUGAUAUCUGCCUAAAUAGAUUCGAUGAUCUUGUUGACUUUUUUGGUAUGACUACAUUAGUAAUUAUGUUUUGAGAUCUAGUCAAA